AUGCUUGCAAAGUUCCUGACGCCACCUUACGUAUACGCAGCUCAAGCCCGUUCGACAUACCUUCCCCUUCGAGCAGUAGAAUGCGAAGACCCAACGUUUUCCGGGUUCGGCUCGACAGCCUUCUCGGAAGAAGGAGCGGGCGCAACGGAGCACGAUCAAUGGGGAGUCGAUGCCCCUUACGAAGGAUGUGUUUGGGGUAUGCCUAGCUGUAAUUCUCACAUCUUAACGUUCACCCUAAUCCACCUCACCUCUCGUGCCAGUGCUCUUUCUACUCAGCGUUACCCCAACGGCCUCGAUGUUUACGAGCUCAAAACUCUGUUACUACAUACUGACGCACGUACACGGAACGGAGGAUUCUCGGCCGCCAGGCACCAGACCCUACUGCACGAAUUAGGCCCUUCAAACGCAUCGUCCUGUGGAACGGCUUUCCUCGUACGUGAAGUUCGAAAAAACGUCAGGCAGAAGAGGUAUACGACGAGCGAGGUGCAGUUUCCUAGGGUGGCAUUUCAAAGUUCGGACGACGACGGGCUCGAUCUCUUCAUGUUCUACUCUAAGCCAACGCCGCAUACACCCCGAUUUUCCGGUUUCGAGCCAACCUUUAGCCAGAAAGGUAUCAAUUAUGCGAGUUGGUAUUAUGCCAUAAUCUCUGGCCGAUACCCAUACGUCUAUUCAACGUCUAAUCCCUACGCUCCCGUCGGAGAGACUCAUAAAAAGUGGCGAAGGUCCUUCAGCUUGGUGAUGCUCGCCAGUUCAUUCGCCAUUGAUGUGAGGGAUGUCGCGGAGGGCGUUAUUCCUACUGUCGCCUGGGCAUCCCUACCUGACCUCUCGCUGCUGCACGCAAUGGAAACGCAAUCUAAAGGCCACCUCCGUCGACGGUCACUCGAAUUGGAAGCUGUUGAGAUUGAAAGGCGAAGAGUUAUCGUAUGGGUUCUCGCCUUCAUUGCAAGAAUGCCUAAGUGCAACCUAAGUGCAUCGCUUCUGACCCCACAAUCCUUUUUGCUCUGCUUCCCAUCUGCAAAGCCCGACUCAGCUAUCCGCUCGUAA